AUGCAAAGCGACAAGCCCCGCUUGAAGGUGCCUGUGGAUUGCUGUACUGCCCCAGGAAUGCUGAUGUGUGUUGGUUCGCUGUUCUUGAACCGUGGCCUUCCGGCCACUUCAGUGACAAUAGCCUGCCGAAUCAUCGCAGUCCUGGAGAAACAGUGCAACUACAACGGCACUUUGAAGCUCCUGAGGGAUCUGCCCCAGACGCACUUAGAGGUCAAGGACAACGAAGUCCGUGUGGAAGCAUGGCAUGCAGCCUUGAACUACUUGCAGUUGGGUGGUCUCGUUCAACUAAGCGGCAAGUACUUUCCUCACGACCGUGUGGUGCUAACCGUCGGCAAGCUGGUUUUCUUGAUGAUGGCAGCCAGGCAAAGACAGAGUCUGAGACAACAUGCAGUUGUCUCAGCUUUGCAUCGGAGGCUGAUCUUCAUGUUCUGUCAGCACUUGGAACUAGAACUGGACAAGCCCGAAAGCCGGUUGGAGAGCACCUGUCCGAACCCCAGUCGGUGCACGACCUUUCACCCGCUGUCUCGCGACAGUCGGAGUCGUGGCAACCCGGUCUUUCGGGAUAGGAUUCUCUCUACUUGGGGGGCCAAGAGUGGAGGGUUUGCAUCCACCAAAGAUGAGCUGGAUUUGCAGCAGCUGGGGCUUGUGGCAGAGGGCUCCAAAGUGGCACAAAGGGCUUCCGGAGAGUUCCUCAUAAGGUAUUUUGCCAAAACUUCGGAGGCCUUGAAAGCACACCUCCAUUCGCAGAAGGCCUACAAGUCCAUCAACUUUUGCUUGGAUGCAGCUAGAGUUUGCAAGAUGGAGGUGCUGUCCUUCAUCAUCCGUGUGGGCACAAAUGCACAGGGGGCUUUGGUGCAAAUUCUCCCAGACACCGCUCCGAUGAGAGAUUCCGCUACUACGAUGAAAGCAUUGGAAAUGGCUCUUGAGGGCGGUCUUCCAGAAAAAGGUCGUAAACUUGUCAAUACGGCCAAACACCUCGUGACCUACCGUGCCAGCACAAAGCAGCAGUUGCAUGCACUCAAGAAUGCAUUGACUGUGUUGCUCCCGGACUUCUCCUUUGCACAGACGGUGCCGGACCAGGUUCUGGCCCCCCGCGGCAAUCGGAUCCGCUUCGAGAUGACGGACGCUGAGAAGCGAAUCAUGGGAGAGCCUCUGGACAAGGCCCGCUACUUCCUCUUCGACAACAGCACCGGGGAAUGCACGCCGGACUUCUAUCCACGGUGCGAACGCGAUGUGAUGCAGCUGAUAUUCUCGGCGGACGAAGGGACUCCUGGCUUCCUGUCCUGGUUGUGGAUUGCGAAUGAGGGGUGCAGGACGCUUAUGUGGGCGGAUUUGUUCCAUAAGCUGCACAGGAAGCAGGCCCAGGCCAUCUCCUCGAUGCCGGAAGCUAGCAGCCUCAUGAAACGUUUGACGAAGAUCUUCCGAAGCUCCCGUGCACCGUGGAGCACGGCAAAGUUCGGUAAGCAGAGAGUUGAGUCUCGCACCCGAAUGCUGGAGGCAGUGCAGGCCAAUCCCUCCUGCAAACUGCUGGAAAGCUUCUUAGAUGGCUUGGCCAAAGACAUGGGGGUUUCCCCCGCGACCUUGUCCAAUCGUCAGGCCAUCGAGGCUUUGAAGCAACAUGCAGGUACUUGGCAUUGUCGCCUCAUGGAGACGGUGUGGCAGUGGUGGGAGCAAGGCAUCAACCCAUGGGAUGCCAUGGGCACCAGUUGCAACGCGGACGAGGGGCAGAGUGAUGAGCAAAAUAAUCACUCUAUCCGUGCUCUCUACUUUGAGGUCCUGUCGGACUCGACCAACCAAGAUCUUAUGCGGUCGAACACAGUCCUUGAGGCCUGUGAAGUCAAGGCGAUGGAAUACCUGAACGUGCUGUCAUACGAGACGGACCGCACGGCCAAAGAAACGUUGGAGUUCCAUUUCCAAGCCUUGAUCCAUUGGUUGUCCGCCAUGUUCGAGGUUCCUGAUUAUCAUGUCAAUUACCCGUGGCGGGCUGUUCUGGCCCUGGAUGACGGAUCUUGGCCAGGAGUUCUAGAACACAUGAAGGAGGAGUGGGCCUUCGUGUCAUUCCUUGAUAAGUUGCAGAACAGCUCCAAAAUCUACGUGCAGAUGGGGUUUACACGCAUGCAACUCUUCCGGGAACUCUUCAUCGAAGCAGAGGCCAUUGGUUUCGAUGCUAACCACCGGUGCAGCUCGGAGGUAAGGCAUCUUGCAUGCUCAAUGGCUGCCAGCAGCAACGGUGCAUCCGACGAUCGAGCCAUCUUGACCAGCCUGGCAAAUGAACUGACUUUCAAUGAUCUGAGAGAUUGUCAAAGACGCCACUCUAAGUCCGAGAUGAGCAAGGCAACAAAUGUUUGUGCCGCUGCCGUACGGUCAGCUGCAAUCCGCAAUCCGCUGGACGGCAUCGUCUUGGACAACAAGGACUGGAUGAUGGAUGAGAGUCUUCGCAGUCUUCGUUCCAACAUCUUGGCAUCCGCACGUGAGGGGGACAAGGAUCUUGGAAUCAGCAUUUAUGGUUUGGUUCACAACAAAAAAUGCGAUGCUUUGACGAAGCCUCACGUGUUCUGCCAGCGGCUCCGCCUGUAUCAAGCUCUCAAAGCAAAGUUCCUCGACUGUCAGGGUGCCCUGGAUGUGGAGAUGGUCAUGCGAGAUGCUUGGGCAUCCAAUGUACCCGCGACUGGUUGCUUGUGGCAGAUGGAGCAAGACAAUCCGGACUCCGUCUGUGUGGUUCUUCAAGCAGGCCCAGACUCCGUCCGCUACAUGUUCGCAAAGCAAUUGCAGGACUACGAUGCCGGCACAUACGAGCUGGACCGGGAGGAGCUGGAGAUUCGCGAAACUUUGGACUUUCGGAUGAGCAAGGGCCUCUUGUCGAUGCCAGAUCCAAUCGUGUGCCCACGUCGAGGUCUACUGUUCCGUGCACAAAAAUGGGCUCCUCCUGGCGAGUUCCUGUGCGAGAACAUGAUUGCGAGUGUCAAGGCAGGAGUCCUGAUUGAGUACGGCAAAAGCAUCGGCCUCAAUCUUUCCAAGGCUUCUCAACAAUCCAGAGUCCGACAAAUCAUGGAGUUUCACAAGUACCCACAGGAGUUCAUUCAGGAAACACUGGAAAACGUUCCGGUGAAGGUGCAGAAAAAGAAGGAGAAAAGCGCCACGGAUGAAGCAGGUGAUGACGACAGCGAGUCCGAAGCUGAGGCACAGGAAGUGCUCGAUUCUUUGAAUUACAACAUCGAGGAAAACGAGGCUCCCGAGGAGACUGAGGGAGAUGGCCAACCCGGCGAGGCCUCCAGUGGGAGUGCUGCCGCAGCUGUUGAGCAGUCCGCCUCUGCAGCUGCUGGUGGGGCUCAUGAGGGACCGUCCGAAGCUGCAAUUGCUACGGAGGGUGUGAUUGCAGAUGAUACAGACGGCAAUCGCAAGGAACGGUCCGCUUCCUCCUCUGGCUACGAUCGCAAACCUGCACACAACUUCGAUGUGCCGCAGCAUGAGCUUGCUCCUGGAUGCAAAGCAUACAUUGGACAGCCAGACGAGGAGUCUCCUUUCAUUCAGGUUAGGAUCCUCCCGAAGCUGCUCUUCAAUGGAAAGAAGAGCCGGGCAUUUUCCUUCGUACCCGAAGGCAGCCGACCGCUGCCCAGAGGUGCCACUCGAAGUUUUCAGGAUGCAUGCACUUGUGCAACAACAUGGAGCAACUUCUUCAACAGCCUUUCAGAAGAUCAAAAGAAAGAUAUCCGUGAAAAGUAUCCGUCUCAGGCCACAGGCCAAAAGGCCCCGGGCAAAUGCUUAGAACCAGAACUCUUGGGUGUGGAGGAAGAAGCGACGCAAGAGGACAUCAUCCGAGCCUAUCGUCAGCGAGCUUUAGAGCAGCAUCCCGACAAAGGUGGGGACAAGGAUGACUUCGAUGCGCUGAACAAGGCGUAUGCCACCCUGAAUGAUGACGCGCGCAGGCGUGCCUACGAUCUGCAGCUUGCCAAGGCGAGGGAGCGCGAGCUCUUGGUCGAGGGCGGCCGAAGCACCUUCUCCAAGCAGCAGCUGCAGGCGCCCAUGCCUCGAAUCAAGACAGCUCCAACACCUGGCUCCAAGAGGCAGGCCCAGAUGCGGACAUCGCAGCCCGGGAAGCCACAGUGUUGCGCCCACGAGUGGAAGGGCAUGGGCUCUG